GGCGACGAGCGAGCUUCUUAUUAUUAUCUUGCGCUCUUUGACAAUCCCCGACCUGCUGCUGUUCCGCGCGUAUCGCCUGUUUGAACAUAUAACAACAACAAUCUGAAAAGAGAGAGACAAGGAUGCAGAACAUGCAGAACUCGAUGCCAAAGCCGAUGCCGAGUGCGUCGCUCGGACGGGGAGGAAGUAGGGCGGACGACAACUCAUCGUCGAGGUCUGGCUCGACUUCGCCAUCAUCGAGAAACUUCGAGUUUAUCUCGCGCCCACAGUUUAAGCAGCAGACUUUUGAUGAAAUUUACGGAGUGCCUGAGAACUUCUUGGAGAUUGAGGUCCGCAAUCCAGAGACUCAUGUUGGAUACGGUCGUGGCAUGUACACCGACUACGAGAUUGUCUGCCGAACAAACAUCCCCGCGUUCAAGCUAAAAUACUCAGUCGUCAGAAGACGAUACAGCGAUUUCGAAUACUUCAGAGACAUCCUCGAGCGCGAGUCCUCGCGCGUGACUAUCCCGCCUUUGCCAGGCAAGGUGUUCACCAACCGAUUUUCCGACGAGGUCAUUGAAGCCAGACGUGAGGGUCUCGAGCGUUUUCUACAAGUAGUUGCUGGCCAUCCACUGUUGCAAACUGGCUCGAAGGUGCUGUGCGGGUUCAUCCAAGAUCCGCAGUGGGAUCGGAACCAGUGGCUGUAAACCCCAGUCCCGACGAGAAAGAAAGAGAGGACAAAAGACCUAAAAAAAGCCAGACUGAAUCGAUGAUUACAAGCGCAGGUCUCGAUUCUCGAAAUCGGACACUAUCUCCGCUUGCAAUGACUUCAUACUGAACACCAUGAAGUGCAAAGGUCUACAAUCAUAUAUAUACAAAAAAAAAGAGUCAGAAUCGAUCCGAACCGGGACAGAACCGAGAUUU